AUGGAUUAUCUCUCCCAACCCGGGCUCCUCAGUGUCAUCGCUGGAGUUGCAUGUGGAGUGUGCCUGGGAUGGGGCAUUCGCGGGAGACUUUUAAGACAUCCCAAAACCGCAAUGAUUACGGCUGCGAACAACCUGGGGAGCGAUGCUGACAUCAUGGGGGAGUCCGGGGAGUUCAAGAUGGUGCUGGUUGUCCGCAAUGAUUUGAAGAUGGGGAAGGGGAAAGUAGCAGCGCAGUGUUCCCACGCGGCUGUUUCUGCCUACAAACAAGCUCAGAGAAGAAAUCCUGAACUCCUGAAACAGUGGGAGUACUGCGGCCAACCUAAAGUGGUCCUCAAAGCUCCUGAUGAAGAGACUCUGAUCCAGCUCCUGGCUGAUGCCAAACAGCUCGGACUGACUGUGAGCUUAAUACAAGACGCGGGUCGUACUCAGAUAGCCCCAGGCUCCAAGACAGUCCUUGGUAUUGGACCGGGACCAGCUGAUAUAGUAGAUAAAGUUUCUGGUCACCUGAAACUCUUCUAA